UGAACUUUGGCGGCGGUUGCGGGCCGUUGGUUGUGAGAGCUGUGUUGUGACUUUCGCUUGAAAUUUGUUGACGUACCCGUUCCUGUGUUAUACGUAUUCCUCGUAGAAAAUAUUUCAGAGCUUAGCUUGCUAGGCUUUCCAGGCGUGCUAGUGUAACUGUCUAGCUCGGGCGUUGCCAAAAUGGACGAUAUUGACGAAUAUGCCAGAAAGCUCGCAGAACGCACAAGGGCCAGGGGCAGAAACCUGCGUCACAAAACGGCGGAACCAGCUCCCUCAAAGCGCAGUCUAACUGCUGAUGAUUUAAAUUGUCGAUGUGAUGGUGAUACCGAGAAGAAGGUUUCACCUCCAAAGCGACAAUGUCUUGGUGAUGACAAGGAGAAUGGAGAUGCAGAGUCAAAAAGAGUUGGAACAUUGCGAAGUUUGAAGCAGUCUCCAUCAGCACUGGCAUCCAAGUGUACAGAUGAUGCUGAGUGGGUGGCAGUGCCAAGGCAUGUGCUUGUUGGAGAUGACAAUGCGGCACCUAGAGGACUGGCAGUUCUCAGACGGAAGCAUGAUACAUCGCCAAAUUUUAGCUCUAAGGAACGUCAGCAGGCCUUCAGUCAGGCGGCGGCCCUUGAUGAACAAAAGAGAGCACCCAGGGGCCUUGCAGCUCUUCGGAGAAGGCAAGAGGUGUUACUUGAUGCAGAUAUGGCUCCAUCUAGCACCUGUGGGCCAAAGUCAUCGACUCUUGCAAAGAUAGACAAGUCUAAGCAGCCUCCUAGCUGUAAGGACUUAGAGGUGAAUGGUCUCCAUGCAAGUUCACAGAAAAACAACUGGGAUCCCAAGGUUAUUGCUAGCUUGGAAGCCCAAGGUUUCAUGAAAUCUCCAUCAGCUUCAAAGUUAAGCUACGCAUUUAAGCCAAAUGCCUACUGUGAAGCACCUGGCAACUCUGAUUGCCCUGCUGAAGUGGAAACAAAUGAAGGAUCCAGUACUGUCUCUGCCUCACCUCCACUGCCACCACCAUUGCCUUCAGCUAUAACUGUUGUCAGCACUAAGAAAACAUCAGAAAAAGCGAACGUGCCCAACGUAACGGUCAUACACCAGAAACCACCUAACAAUCCUCGCCAAGGUGGAGUGCCACAAAAAUCGCAAGCUCAGCAACUGGGGAGAGAUCCUAGUGAGCUGUCACUACAGCAACGGAGAGCUCUCUUUGAAGCUGCAGUGGUUGCUGAGCAGGCAGAGCAGCCCUGUGAAGCACCUGAGAAUUUGUCUGUGGCCCAGCGUAAGGCACUGUUUGAACAGCAGAUGAAGCUCUCUAAGGCAGCAGCAGAGCGCUCAUAUCCGGUGGUGAAGCAAAGCAAGCCUUUAGAAAAGCAUGUGUGCAACCAAGCCAAAACAUCUGCCGCACCAAGUCACUGUGAGGCCACUUUGGAGGAGCCGGAGCGACACUGCAGGGUUGCUGAAGCACGUGCCCGACUAGAGGCCAUGACGCAGCAGAAGGAACGGGAAUUGACACCAGAGUUUCAAAGCUUCAAAAUUGUCACUCUGCAGUCAUCGGUUUCUAACAAUGCUGGUCUUGGACAGAGCCCUUUGUGUACUACUGGCAGCAUAAGUAGCAUCACACAUGCACAAUGCUCAACUAUGGUACCAUCUACAGUAAAACGUGUGGAGACCUCAGAGUCUGACACAUCAGAGGAGUGUGAGUACAAGCCUCGUGUUGACAGUGUUUCAGAGAAUAGCUCUGACUUAUCAACUUCAAGUGAGAGCCCCAUAACAGUGCAGCCUGCAACCUUAAACUCAGCCAAUGAAGUUGAAGGGAUGGAUGAGUCUGGUUUAGGAGAAAGCUGGGAACAAACACUAGAAGAGGCUGAAGGUGCAGCGGGAAAAAUGCCCAACACUCCCUGUGAUGUGGCUGCAUAUGACAUGCAUCAUGCCCAGGUAAAGGCACUAGAGGAAGAAAUAGUAAGAGAAAAGGCUCUGAUGAUGGAAAACACAGUAGAGAGCAGAGAAGAAUUCAGUAAUCAUCAUUUUGAAGGAUUAAAAAAUGAUGCUUCUCCUGAAAAAGAGCAUGUUAUGGGUGCCCUGAAGAAAGAAGUAUCGAAAAACCGUCUGUACCCUGAACUGCCACCCAUGGACUGGAACAAUGUUCCAACGGUUACCCCUCCACCUAAGCCAAGUAGGGCUCCUCUGCCCCCAGAGGAAGAUCAGCUGCUAGUGCACACGCAGAGUGUUUACAGACGCAAAGUGUGCACUCCAAUACGACAAGCAGGGCAGCCUGCAAAACCAUGUCAGAUGCAGUUUCCAUCUCCAGCACAAUCAACCAACCAGUUGGACAUACAAGCUCAAAUAAAAGCUCUGUCCAGGGAAGCAGAAGGUCAGUCAGUGGUGAUGGCUCAGGCAAGCCGAGCUUUGGAUGUGUGUCACUCCACAAUGGAGUUUCUUGGCUCUGCUGAACAAGUGGAAGGAGAACGCCUGCUUUUGCUUGCAACGGAGCGCAGGCAGGCUUGCCUAGCAGAAGUCGAACGACUCAAGACACGUGGUGGCUGUGGAGAUGAUGAAGUGGUCCAAGAGAGGGCCUGUCUGACCCUGAGUCAACUGCAGCUGCCGCUCAAGCGAGAGUUUCUGGCUGCUCAACUCGAAGGAAUUCUUGGGGAAGAUGUGCACUACUUUCUGUGCCUAGUAAAGCAUGGAGCCCAGGUGCUGGCCAGCCAGAUGCUGUCGACCACAGACAAUGCUGGUACCAAUGCUCUUUGCUUCAGUAACCACAUGACUCUGCGGGAUCUCAGGGCAGACUUUGCAGUCCAAGUACAGAUCUAUGCCUUGCAAACUAAAAAAGAAACCUUGUCACAUCAUCGCAAGUACCGCAUUGGUGGAAAGGAUGGCAAGCACAAAUUGACACCUAAAAGCAGCAGCAAAGGAAGUGUUAGCAAGUCUACCCUGUCGCCUGCAACUGUUUGUGCACCAUCAGGCUCAAAAGUAAGGACACCCAGUUUUGGCCUCGUUGGCUCUGUACGAUUUACAGUUGGAAACUGUCGUCGGUCAACUUUCAACCUUGAAAAGGUUCCUCCAAACUCGCCCCUUGAAGGGACACUGCUAGUACAGUUGAUGCUGAGACCUGAACAUCACCACGAGCUUCGAGGAUUCCUGUCCAUGUUUGAAGAAGUGGGAGGAUUUGGUGCAUGGCACAGACGGUGGUGUGUGCUAGCUGAGAACAGACUGUCCUACUGGCGCUACCCUGAAGAUGAAGGCAGCAAGGAACCAGUAGGUCGAUUGGAGUUGAGCCAGUGCACCAGUCCAGAGGCACGUCUGGCAUCACGUGACAUAUGUGCACGACCUCACACAAUAGUUUUGCACAUCAAUGGCAAGGACCACCUGCUGUCUGCUGACACAAGGGAGGAGAGGCAGAACUGGUGCUCUGGUCUGACAAGUGUUUUGAAGAGCUUGCGUACCUGGGCAGGGAUGGGAAACAACUGAUAUUUGAGCACUUUUGGUACCCCCUGAUCAUGUUGCCGCCUGCAUGCAAUCUGGCUAACUGAAGUGCUUUCCUGCGUCUUAGUCAGCUCUGGACAGUGCAAGCUUUCACUGUCGACAAGCUUGAACAUUGUGUGUGGUCAUCAUGCAGGUGCCAGCAUGGUAACACCAGCAUUGAUUUUAGCACUAGUAUCCUAGAGUAGGCUUGCUCAUUGCAUGCUAUAUCAUAAUUUGCCACUGCAUUACUGGUUUGCAGGUGCCAUUUGCAUUUACUUUUGUUUUGUCUUUAAUUAAUCAGAUGGUGAACCUGGAAAAAGAAACUGCUAAUGUUUGCUGAAUAUUUGCGAGGUUCGUUGGCAGUUUCUAUUAAGUUAAAUAUUACAGGUUUUUUUAUAAAGCAAGGCAUGACUGUAAUUGUUAUUACAAUUUGUGAUGCUUUUUCAGGUAGCCUGGAAACCUGAAAACAUUUUUGUUGUGUGUAGAUGAUCGUGCUAAUACUGGCUUCAAGCUUGUGUAGUUGCCAUUGGGUCUCUUGCAUCCCUCCCACUCCUGAUUUUAUGUUCAUGCCGUUUUCGUUUUACGUAAGAUAAGAAUUUAACCUUCUUUUAGCUUUAAUUAGCUGACAGUUGUCCUAUAAGCGUCCAGUCAUGCAUGAAGAGUUAUGCAGGUCUCUCACUAUAUUUUACUAACUCAACAUGGGCUUUCUUAUUAGGAAACAGAAACAAUGUUGUUUCACUACGUUUUUCCUUUUCAAGCUUGUGCUGUUUUUAAUACUUGUGGACAAAAAUUAUUGUACUUAAUUUGACUCAAUCUCAGGCAACUUUGCAUGCACAUGCACUAAGGUGUGUAAAAUGCAAGUAUUUAGGUUUUAUUGUAAUUUGCAGCUAAUUUUGGUCAUGUGCGUUUACCAAUAAAUUAUCAGUAACUAAAGUCACUAUUUAAAAACAUCUUUAAAUAAUAAAGCUAUACAAAUUGGUUUUGAGCUUAUUUGCAAUUAUUUGUUUAUAAGGAGUAAUAUAUAGGCUGUUUUAUAACACUUGCAUGGGCCGGGUAUGAAGCCUAAACUUUGCUCAAGAGAAACCACAUGAUAUUGAGAAACUGGAAUCAUACUCGAAAACAGGAUAGUAAAGCUCUAUAUUAUGCGCGAUUUCCAUCCGAUUAGCUCAAUUAUUAACAAAAAUAGAUCUGUGAGACACAUCUCCCUUGAGUGUUUUAGAGAGCUCAAAUAUUUAAGCAACACAAGAACCAAUGUCACCAUUGUUUAUUGGUGGGCAAAGUGGAAUUUCAGCGUGCAUCAGGAGCAGCACAUCUUGACAUAUUUUGGCCUACGUAUAUUGUGCUAAAUUCAAGGUACUAAUGCUGCUACUCUCGUUCAUUUUUGUGUGGAUUACUUCUUUUGUCAUUGUGCAGUUUGUCUUUUGUCAACAAACUCAUUCAUAACAGUGUUAUGUAAAUGGUUGAAGAAAGUGAUUUUUUAAUGUUUAAAGAAGAAAGGAUUUCAAUAAUAGCGUGAUAUACUGUUAAAAGGAACACACAAGCACUUGAUCAUCAGCAAAUCUUCCUCAGUUGCUUGAUUGGAAGGGCUUCACUUUACAGUAGAGUACUUGUGGUAAGUGGCUCUGGUUGCUCUCUUUGAGCCUGCUAAAUGCAUUUACACUGCUUCUGGCAGCACCCACAGCUGAAGCAACCACAGCCCAAUGUCUGAUCCACGGCAAUGUAUCCUUUAACAAUUGACUGCACUGUAAACCACCAAAUGUAUGUCAUGUGCAAAGUCAGUGUUAGCAAACACUUGCCAUGCCUCCUUGAGAGGCCUCUUGGUGCUGUUUUAAGAAAUUUGGCAUAAUAUGGUGUGUCAUAUUACGUGUAGUUUUAUGGCAAAUUCCAUGAUGCCAGGCUGCGAUAACAAAAAAGGGUAAACCCUAUGGCUAGAAUGCUUCUGCUAGUUUUGAAAAGAAUCAGCUCAAUUUGCAUGUAACAUAAAAGUAUGUUUAGAAUAGCUGUCAGUUGGGCGUGUUGGUAAAUGUUCAUCAUGGAGAAGAACUGCUAAAGCGGAGACUUGGGAAGUACACAGGAAGCACUUUGUCCUGUGCGCUUCCUACGUCUCUGUUUUAGCAGUGCUUUUCCAUCAUAAAAGUAUGUAUGUCUUUCAUUUAAGGGUGUAUAUAUAAGCUUUUUAUUUUGCUCACCUGAAAGGUAGUCUUGUUUGCUUUUACCUUGCCUUAAUUCGCAUAAAGAUGGUUUGUUGAUGGUACAGUUAGUCUGACAAAGUAUUUUAGGUCGAAUCUGUAUGACCACUUGUCUUUAUUUGACAUCCGGGCAGCAUUGUGUUAUUUCUGUAAAUAUUCAUGGCUGAUUAAUUGUAAAAAACCUGGCUUACAAAAGUCAGUUUCUCUUGGCUGUUCAGUGAAGCUUGCAAAUUGUGAUUAGAAUUUGAUAACAUUUAAAAAUCAAAACAAUUUGUACUUCACACACUAAAUUAAAAGAGAUAUGCAUGUGUGACAUUUUAUGCACCAUGUUAUUUCAGCAGCGUUAGGUUGAUGUACUAUUUGUCUGCUUUUAUGCAUUUAGUGUGUUUGGCAUUUCUGCAGCUUUGGUGGAAAUAUUGGUGCAGCAAAAGAUCAGUGAGCUACUUUGGCCGUUUAGAGACUGCUUGUUUUAUGUUAAUACUGACGAAUUACAUUGCAGAAGUAGGAGCACUAUAAUAUGGUUACUUUCGCCAAACGGAAUUUACUGUAUGGUUUUAUGAUGCAGCAAUGUUUACAUCUUUGGAGCCUUGACUCAAUGUAACACGAGGCUGUGGCCAGUGGUUACUGAUACUUCCUGCUCACACAUUUUUGUAUUGGCAACCUCUAACAGAACAUUUAGUGAAUGGGGAAUGUUGGUGUAAUGUUUGUGUUUCUCUAUUUAAGUCACCAUUCAAUUUUGCACUCUUGUGUGCCACAUAAGGGUAAAUAUGUUGUGACUUUUUACUUAUUCAAUUGCAGUACUUUCUCUUUUCAUAUUAUUCUCCUUGGAAAAUGAUGGAAUCUUUGCAACAAAAAUGCUCACUAUAAUUUUUUAAGACUUCCUAAUUUCCUUGUAGUCAAAGUAUUGUAUAUGUGGCUUGCAGCCACCGAUUUCCCCUUUUGAAUUGACUUAACCAUGGUAAGGUAGCAUCAAGUGGCACUUUUUUAGUCCCUCUUGUGUCUUUCUAGGUAGUGUAAUUAUUGUUGGUAAAUGACAAAAUCAAUUUUAUUUUUUUGUACUACUUACGGCACUUUAAACUAUAGAUUUUAAUUGUUUUAUUACAUUUGGAAAGAACCUGGACAACACAGGGGGAUGGACAUGAUAUGCUACUGCAUGCUUGAUGUUUGUUUCCAAAUAAUGCUAAUUAUUGAUUUUGCUUCAAUUUCUUUAUUGCUAUCUUAUAGCUUGUUCAUACUUUUGGAAAUGUGUAAGUAAGCAUGAUAUAUUUUUUAAAUAUCUUAUUAAAAAUUUUAGUUUGACGGUAAUAUCAUUUAUUUGAAACUGUAUUUAGAAUUGUGUUGAUGCUGUCAUGGUUACUUUUCUUUAUUUGUUGUAUUUGUUUGUAUAUAAACUGAACUACUUUAUUACAA